AUGACCACCACCUGCCGUCUCAUCCUGCUUCUGCUCAUGGCUAUUGGGAUUCAGGAAGUCUACAGUAACACACAUUCGGUACAAGGUGUCGAAGAAUACGUGACGUACGAUCAGCAUGGACGGCAAGUUACGUCUUAUCAGGGACCCAAGUUUACUACGACCAUGGAGCCACCAACAUACCGUACCUCAGGCGAAAAAGAGAUUCGCCGAAAGCCGGCGAAAAAAGUGACGAUCGCAAUCAAUCGAGAUUCUGAACCAACGACUUCGACUCAGAAAACGGUGACGUCAUCCACCGAAUCGAAUCAACCGACGUCGUCUUUGAAGCCUUUCGAUGAGAUGAAUGAUGAGGAGGCUGAUAGGAUCAUCGAGGAGAUGUACCUGAAAAAGAAGGAAAGCCACGCAACGGAAUCACCGGAAGAAUUACCAGAGGUCAUCCGUACCGAAUCAACACAACCUCCUCUUCCACCUCCACCACCACCACCUCAAAAGACACACGCCUAUUCGACGUCAUCGUCUUCGGCGAAUAAUGGAGUAGGACUACCACCAUCAAGAUAUAGCACAGUGAAGCAGCAGCGGAAUAAUAGAAUAAGAGAAACUGAGGAUGAUGAGGACUAUCCAAGAUCAGUGUACCAUAGAGAUUCCCGAAAGAGGCCGUAUGAUAUGUCGACUUAUGACGAUUAUGAUGAUAUUCCAUUGUACAGACCCAUGAGACGAGAGUACCGUAUGCGUCGUCGUCGUCCGAUUAUGUUUUCCGAUGACUUUUCCGAUGAUACCGACUUUGACGAGAGAAUCGAAAGCAACCCACGUCGUCAGACAACUCGAGAUCUUUCUCCCCUCCGAUCCAUCAAGAGCCUCCGACAUUUACCCCCUCAAUAUCGCCAACCGGGACCACCACCGCCAGCCCCAUUGUCUCUUCCAGUCUCUUCAUCCACAAAUAUGAUCCAUCGACCAGCACCCCUCCCAAUGGUUCCUCCUCACAUGAGAAUGCCUCCAGCACCACCAGGACCUCAUCCAAUGAUGCCAAUGCCUCCAGGAUUGGGUCAAGUUCCAAUGAUGCCACCUCCACAACCCCUUCAACCACUUCAACAGCAACAAAGUAUAAAUCCUGGAGAGCAAGAAGUGCUAAAAAUGAAGCCGAUUCUGCAAGCGAAUCCACAAGAAAUGCAAGUGGCGACGGCGGAGAGUUGUGCGAAAAUUACAAAGUUGGCGAAGAGUUUCAAUAUUAAGGAUGUUUCAAAGUGGGCAAGGAGUAAUUGUGCUUUCCUUCAGAUGUACGCUCCAACCGCCAGCUGUGAGCUCAUAUUCCAUUUCAUCGAUUCUUGCAGAUCCAAGAAGUUCUUUUAA